AUGGAACUAACAACUACUACAACAACUAUAUUGAAAGAGGAAGGGCCUACAUUACUACCAGAAAACGUAGCUAACAUUGUUACAGCAGUAUCUUUUGCAACAAGAGUGUCUCUGAGAUGUUCAUCAUUAUUUUUCGAUGUCAUGUUUGAAGCAGCAAAAUACGGCACCUCACUUUCAUUAGGCAUCUCGAGAAACGCUAUCACCAAUGCUAUAUCGACAGCCAGAAAACUGCAUCAUCACACUAUUGCUGCUGCUGCCGCUGCUGCUGCUGCUGCGUCUUCUUCAACGAAUGAAAUGCUCGAUAAAUAUACAAAUAUGGGUCUGUCAGUUGUCAGCCAUACUUUCUCUUUAGCUGAAUUAUUCGCUAUUUCUGGUCUACAGUUCACUUCAAGAACCAUUCAAUCCAGUCUUAAAGCAGCUGAGGAGUCUGUUCGAAUCAUUGAUGGUAUAUUUGGAUCGAAUGAGACUUCUCGUGCGAUUGCGUCCAUUAUCAUGCUCGUCCAUCGUGAACUAGUGCAAGACCCCGAUUUCAGUCUAGUGGCAAAAGCAGGGAAAAUUUCAAUUUUAUCAAGCUUAACAAAAGCGUUAACAGUGUUCGCUGUACUACAAAAUGUAACACACAAGCGUAUGAUGAAACAGAUUCCCAUGACAGUUCUAUGGGAAGGGUCCUACAAUCAUUGUGAUGCUAACUUUCCCCGAAAACACAUCAUUUACAAUAUUGCUCACUUUAUGAAAUACGCAAGUGCCGCGUACGGCGAAUCAUUUAUGCGUAUUCUCGGUAUUGGCGAUAUCCCAACUGUUCUUCCCAAUUCUUAUCAUCAUCAUCCAAAUCACCAUGCUUUUGCCCAUCAUACCGGUAACUCAGUUGAAGAUAUCUUGUUAUCGAGCUAUACGGAUCGCUCUCUACUUUACCUUCACAACCCCUCGAUGCAUGCGCUGGUACACUAUGUGACUGUGGACCAUGCAGCCAAAGCCAUCGUUCUCACUUGUCGUGGCACCUUGGGGUUGAGUGACAUCUUGACAGACUUGAGCUUUGAUUAUACCGAGUUUAAACUGCCCUCAUCCAACACUUUCAAGGCCCAUAGUGGCAUGUUGGAUGCGGCUCAAUUACUAGCCAAAGAGAAAGGGCAGGUCUACCAAAAGAUAAGACAAGGCUUACUACAAUACCCUGAUUAUGGUUUGGUCCUCUGUGGUCAUUCAUUGGGUGGGGGUGUAGCGAGUUUACUGUGUGUAUUAUGGAGUGAAAAGAAGAAGAUAAGAGACAAUCAUUAUUGUUUCGUCACAUCGAAACUAUCAGGUUUACCAGCGGGACGGCCUAUACAUUGCUAUGCCUAUGGCCCACCUGGUGUCAUGUCGUCGCAGCUGAGCCAAUAUUGCGCGGGUCUUGUGACAAGUGUAGUCCAUGGUUAUGACAUUGUCAGUAGUCUCAGUUUUGGCAUACUGAAAGAUUUAAAAAAUAUUGCAACAAGUCUGCAUGCUGAAUCUGAAGCUAUAGAAGAGAUCAUUUCGCGGGUGGCAGGACAAUUCCAGCAACAACAUGAUGAAGAAGAUCAAAAAUGGUUCUGGGCCAUGAUCAAGACGAUGCGAGCAGAUAUGACAGCUGAAAAGAUGUAUCCGCCCAACACAGUUUACCUGAUCGAAACCAUUCCUCAAAUAAAACAGCAAUACAAGGUUGUCUUAUCCCGUUGUGAAGAUGUAGAGGCUCGUUUUUCUGAGAUCAUAUUUAGUCGUACUAUGUUUAUGGAUCAUUCUCCUUUGAUGUACGAAAGGGCUAUUAAUAAAUUAUGUAGAAGCUUCGUUGUAGCAACAACUACUAGCAAUGUUACUAGUAAUAAACAGGCCAAUAAAACAUAG